AUGUCGACAUCACAAACACAAACUAUAAAGGCGUCCGUUCUCCAUGGUGCCAAGGACCUGCGUCUCGAGGAUCGGUCCCUCGAACCCCCCGCCGCCAGUGAGGUGCAGGUCGCCGUCCGCGCCACCGGCCUCUGCGGCUCCGACCUUCACUACUACGGCCACUACCGCAACGGCGACAUUCUCGUGCGCGAGCCUCUGUCGCUCGGCCACGAGUCGGCCGGUGAGGUCGUAGCCGUCGGUCCUGGCGUUUCUUCCCUAAAGGUGGGCGACCUCGUCGCUCUCGAGGUCGGCCAGCCCUGUGGCACCUGCGCGCGCUGCGCCGAGGGUCGCUACAACAUCUGUCCGGAGAUGCGCUUCCGCAGCUCGGCCAAGUCGUUUCCACACGCGCAGGGAACGCUGCAGGACCGCAUCAACCACCCCGCGGCGUGGUGCCACAAGCUGCCGGCCUCCAUGCCGCUGGCCGUGGCGGCGCUGCUCGAGCCCUUGAGCGUGGCCAUCCAGGCGACCCGGCGAGCCAACCUGUCGGCCGGCCACAAGACGGACAAGGUGCUCGUUCUGGGCGCCGGCGCAGUGGGCCUGCUGGUGGCCGGUAUGUGCAAAGUGGCCGGCGUCCCCAACGUGGUGAUUGCCGACGUGGACGCCAACCGCGCGCGCUUCGCCGUCGAGCACAGGUUUGCCGACACCCGUUUCGUCGUGCCCAUGGGCCCGCGCCCGGCGUCCACGGACGAGGCGCUCGCCACCGCGCAGCAGACGGCCGCUGCAGUAGGCGCGCUCGAGAGCAAGGGCGACAAGGUCGGACAGGUCGACGUGGUGUUUGAAUGCACGGGCGUGCCCUCGUGUGUCCAGACGGCCAUCUACGCGACGCGACCGGGCGGCAAGGUGAUGCUGAUCGGCAUGGGCACGCCGGUGCAGACUCUGCCCAUUUCGGCGGCGGCGCUACGCGAGGUGGACAUUUGCGGCGUGUUCCGGUACGCCAACACGUACGGCGAGGGCAUUGAGAUCCUGUCGCAGACGAACAACGACGGCCCCGACUUUGCAAGCCUGGUUACGCACGAGUUCAAGGGCCUCGCGGCCGUUGAGGAUGCCUUUGCAAUGGCGAGCCGGAAAGAGGACGACGACGGCAAGCUGGUGAUCAAGGUGCUGGUUACAAACUAG